AUGUACUACGUAAUUGGAAACCCGCGUAAGACGAGUAUCAAUACGCGGCUGGACUACGGUGGAUAUCGUUUGCCUGAAAGGAUAAAUAAUAAUCGAGUACGGGAAAAGUGUAACAAGAAACGACAAACCCUCGUCCACAAACCAGAAGAAGAAGUAUGGCAUGAGCCUUAUAUGAGUACCCUCUCGCAUGAGUACUCGGAUGCUUCAUUAAAAUGUGAUUCGAAAGUCGAGUUGCCUUGGAAAGAUAUCGCACUGCCGCUUAAUUCCGUGAAAAUUCGUCGACUAGUUGAGAUUCCUGCUGAGGAUGACCAGAAUCCAAGAGUGAUUGAUAGUAAUAAUAAUAAUAAUGAUAUUUCCAAUGAAGAUGGUAAUGUCGCGGAGAAAAAGGAAUCUUCGGGAAGGAUGGAGUUACCUUGGAAUGAUUUAUUGAUUGAUGACGUUGUCGUCGAGAUUAAAAAGUCACCGGAGUUAUUGGCUGUUUGCGAUUCUUCUUUGGAGAUACCUUGGGAUAAAAUAGCUCUGGAGAGUCCAAUUCGCAUAAAUCCGUUACCCGAACCUGAAAAAUGUAUCAAAGAAGACAUUGAAAUUCCCUGGGACGAUAUUAUGCUCCCCAGUAAUAUUAUUAUUAAAUCAAAGAGACGAAAACAUCCGUCAUCUGGCAUCUCCAGGCGUCACAAAAUCCAAACGGUCGAUUGUAGGACACUGGACUCGUGCUGCGAUCCUCGUUGUGUUAGAGAUAAAAAAAUUCAAAAGCUGGCAGAACGGAAAUAUUGA